CAGCCGAACGUCAAGUUAUUCAUUUUCCAAGGUGGUCGGCAGAGCAGCGACGAAGCUAUCCACUUCGCAGUGCCAGUUCUUGGGUUCGCGAUUUUCGUCGAUCAAGAUUAUCAAGUAGGCAGAAUGGAAGCUCUGGGCAUUGGCAAACGUUUGGAAAUUACAACUGUCACGAAAGACGAACUUGAAAGUAGUAUUAUCGAGCUCAUAACUAAUAAAGAAAUGUGCCUUAUCUUCGCUCAACUCUGAUUUUCCAACCUUCGUAUCAAUAUUGCGACUGGGACAUCAUAGGAUUCUUGACGAUCGUAGCUUUCCUAAUCGCUUCAAGCACGCUUGUUCUAAUUGCCAAGCUCACAGUUCACCUACAUAAGCAAAUCUUCCCGUCUGAAAAACUGAAGACGAAU